AAUUAGCAGUUGAAACCAAUCUUUCAAUCAUGGCAUAUUGUGCAACACCUCCACCAUCAAUAUAAAAAUGGUGUGGACCAAGCUGGAUUAGGUUAAAAUGAAAAACAAAAGGGUUGGUGGAGGAAUUUUAACUUUUUAUAGUAUAAGAAUCAGCAUCUUUAGACUUCGAUCAGGUCUUCUCUCUCUCUCUCUCUCUCUCUCUCUCUCUCUCUCUCUCUCAAUAACAGGAAACUUCAGUCAAGUUCUAGCUUGGUUUGAAAUGGAGAAAGUGCCCCAAAUUCAACAUCCAAGAGUCAAAUUAGGUAGCCAAGGAUUGGUGGUUUCGAGAUUGGGAUUCGGAUGUGCGGGACUUACAGGAGUGUUUAAUGCUCCUUUAUCCCAUGAAGAUGGAUGUUCAGUCAUAAAAGAAGCUUUCAACAGAGGUAUCACCUUCUUUGAUACAUCUGAUGCUUAUGGGGAAGAACAUGACAAUGAGAUCAUGCUUGGCAAGGCACUGAAGCAGCUUCCCCGAGGCCAGAUUCAAGUAGCAACUAAGUUCGGUGUAAUCAAAUACGAAUCCGAGGGGAGUCGGGUAUAUGAGAUCAGAGGAACCGCCGAGCAUGUUCGAGCUUGCUGCGAAGCAAGUCUUAAGAGGCUUGGUGUGGACUACAUUGAUCUCUACUUUCAACAUCGUGUCGAUACAACGGUGCCCAUAGAAGAGACGAUUGGAGAGCUGAAGAAGCUUGUGGAAGAAGGCAAGAUAAAAUACAUUGGAUUAUCAGAAGCUAGUGUCGAUACGAUAAAGAGAGCACAUAAAGUCCAUCCCAUCACUGCUUUACAAAUGGAGUAUUCGCUCUGGACUCGUGAAAUCGAAGAUGAAAUACUCCCUCUUUGCCGAGAGCUUGGAAUUGGGAUAGUGGCAUAUAGUCCCCUUGGUAGAGGCUUUUUUGGAGGGAAGGUAGUUGUGGAACCUAUGCCCAUUGGGAGCCAAUUGGCAAACCAGCCAAGGUUCAUGGGGGAGAAUCUAGAGAAGAACAAAGUUCUAUAUACCCGAGUUUCGAGCCUAGCUAUAAAGCAUGCCUGCACGGUUCCUCAACUUUCUUUAGCAUGGAUUCUGCAUCAGGGAGAUGAUAUUGUCCCAAUCCCUGGGACGACUAAAGCGAAGAACAUUAUUGACAAUGUCGGAUCCCUGGCGUUGAAGGUUAAACCAGAAGAUUUGAAAGAAAUUACUGAUGCUGUGCCUCUUCAUGAAGUGAGUGGAGGAUCAGAUUUAGGUGUACUCUAUAAAUACUGUUGGAAGUUUGCAGAUACUCCAUUAAAGUGAAUGAAAUGCAUGUUCAGGCAGUGAUUCUGGACUUGAUAAUCUCCCCCUUUA